ACUGAGCAUGCGUAAAUAAAGUGACGUCACCUACCAAGCUACUCGACGCAUGCGUGUUUGGUGACAACUUUCAACAUGGCUCCAGUCAAGAAACGUGCGAGGACUGAUUUGGACGACAAAAAGUGCUUUUCUGAAUUACAGAAAAAAGCUGAUCAAUUCUUAACCGAUCGUAGCUUUUCUAAUAAUCUUUUGGAUAUUAUUUCUUUAUGUAUGUCUGUUGAAGAAGAAGAAGUUAUCGAAGCACAAAAGACAUUGGAAAAAAUUUUUGUAAUCCUUUUAAACAAAAAUGAAUUAUAUAUGCAAGAUUUAGAAAACAAUGAAGUUUUAGAAACUGAAAAAGUAUAUAAAUCUUGGUUACAGGAAUGUUAUGCAGAUGCUAAAAAACAGUUAAUUGAAAAUUUGGAUGCAUCUUACAAUAUUCAGGAAUGUGCAUUAAGUGUUUUAAUGAAUCUUGUUAAAGAAGAAGGAUUGAAUGUCCUGAAAAAUUCCAAAAAAGAUUAUUUUUCCCUUGAAUUAUUAACGGAAAUUAUACAAAAGCUUCUUAGUGAAGAAAAAGAACAAAAAUUGAUCAUCAUUCAGUUAACAAAAUUUUUCAAAUAUGAAGAUAUAAAAUGUAAUGUACUAAAAUCUAUAGUAAAAAUACUGAAGGAUAAUAAUAAACAGGAAAGCAAUUCCGUAUUUUUAGAGAAUAUUUAUACAAUAAUUUCAAAAAUUCAUUUAAAUUCACCAAAGAAAGAAGGGAAACAAAAUAAAGAUGAUGAUCAGAAUAGAAAACUUUUUAUAAAUUCAGAUAAUGAAAAUAAUAUAUCAAUAGAUUUUCAAUAUAUGAAGAGAAUGUUUACAUCUAUAUGGUUAGAAUUUUUAAAAUUUCAAUUUCAGUUAACUCCAAAAUUGUAUAAAAAAGUUUUGAUGAUUUUAGAUCGAAACGUCAUUUCUGAUUUUACAAAUCCUCUUCUUCUAACUGAUUUUCUAACUAAAGCAUAUAAUGCUGGUGGUUCUACCAGUCUUUUAGCUUUAAAUGGAAUAUUUACUCUAAUACAGAAUUACAAUUUAGAAUAUCCAGAUUUUUACAAGAAACUCUAUGCAUUAUUUGAUGCUUCUGUUUUCUAUUCGCAGUACAAAGCAAAUUUUUUCUUUCUUGCUGAUGUAUUCUUAAGUUCAACUCACAUUCCUGAAUAUCUGGUUGCUGCAUUUAUAAAACGUUUAUCAAGAUUAUGCUUGAUAAUACCUGUUUCUUCAUUAUUUGUAGUCAUACCUUUUAUUCGUAAUCUUUUGAUUCGUCACCAAUUACAGGUUUUAAUCAAUAAUCCAAGUGAUGUGGAAAUUACUGAUGAUCCUUACAUUAUGGAUGAACCUGAUCCUCUAAAAUGUAGAGCAUUAGAAAGCUCAUUAUGGGAAAUUAAAACACUUCAGUCUCAUUGGCACCCAGAAGUUGCUAUUAAAGCCAGGUUUAUAAAUAAACCUCUUCCAAAAAUGGAAAGUGAUUUAUCAGAAUUUUAUGAACUAGAUUCACAUGAGUUGUUUGAGAAAGAAAUAAGUAAAGAAUUCAGUGAUGUUCCCUUAAAUUUUGAAAAACCACUUGGACUAUUCAAAGGGACAGAAGUUUUUAUGUUUUGAGUAACUUAUUUGUUGAAUUAUUUAUAUAAAUUUUAUACAAAACUGUUAAAAAAUAAAAAUAUUUUGAAAAUGCAUUGUUAAUAAUGUAUCACUGGAUGUAGUGGAUUUAUGAACAAUACCACGUAGAUAUACAGAUGACGGGGCAGUUUGAAAAAUUAGCGAUAUGUAUCAAAUUACUAAAUUAGCUAUUGAAAAUAAUAGGAACAAAGAUGGCUAUUUUCGAAAUUUUGGAUUGGCAAGAAUAUUUAAAAAAUUCACCGAUGUUUGAAUGUAUUUGUAAGGGUUUGCUUUGACAUUAGUGAAAUUUUAUUUUUUGUGCUUUGUAUGGAUACGAAGUUAAGUGUUUUAGUAAGUUUGCAGAUGUGAAUGAUGAUGAUGGGGUCAUAACAGAGCUAUAGAUCAUGCCCAUAGGAACAAAAAGUCUAAAGGAACUAUACCUUCACGUGAUAUAGUCCUCCGAAAUUAGCCUACUUUCGGGAGUCA